AUGCGCUUCGCCAUUCCGGCUCUUACCCUUGCGGCGGCGGCCUCCGCCCUGCCCACCCAAGCGAGGACAGACUCGACGUCGAAGGGCUUCAACCUCUACGCGCACGUCACCGGCGGCAACAGCGAGCUCGCGCAGUCGGUCGAGGGCCUCUUCGUCUCCACAGCGCACACGGGCGCGGGCCAAAACGCGGCGGUCCUUUCGAGCACGAGCGCCCGGCUCUUUUACCAGAACGGCACGGCGGAGAGCGGCACCAGCAGCAUCGUCACCGACGGCGGCAGCCCCGCCUCGAUCCCUUUCAGCUUGACGGUGCAGCCGGCGGAUGAGGCCCACCGCAUCCUCGACAUCAGCGUCGGCUACGGCACUCCCAACUUUGUCGGCGAGCAGGGCACCCUCGUCAACGGCCUUGGUGAGGGUACCUAUGUCGCCUGCGACGCCGUUAUCCCUUACUACCAACAAGUCUUCACCACCCUACAGUUCGUCUACGGCGAGCCAGACCCGGCCACCCUGGAGGCAUGCGCCACCAUCGAGCUGGUGGCCAAGUGCGCUGAGCUGAACGAGCUGCCGACCGACGGCAGCAGCCUGGGGAGCCACGAGUUUGCGGCGGACGUCAAGUGUGAGGUCUAA